GAGUUUAAAAUAAAAUUUGUAGAUUGUAAGUAGUAGUUUGAAGUGAGUUUAAAAUAAAAUUUGUGAAAAAUCACAAUUGGAUUUUGUUGUGGUGGUUUUCUCAAAUUUAUACUGAUAGCGCCAAAGACGACAUGAAGUAGAGAGUAAUUGUAUUUAGAUGUAAAUAAGCUCAAGUUUUAUUUUGGGUUAUUCAGGCCCACACUAUACUAACGCCCCACUAACAACUGCGCCCAUUCGUUAGCUCGCUCGCUCACUUGCUUUGUUCCAAAAGCUGUGUUUAAUCAUUUUUGAGUCAGUCGAUACGCCAUGCUAAAAUCUCCUUCCAAUGCCCAGGAAAUACGACUACCGCGACCUGAGCAGCAUAGCAGAGCUCAGUCGCCCGCCACCAUGGAUGCACUGAAGACUUCAUUUUUACCAAAUCUGAGCAUGGAUCCCGCCCUAGUGUCCACCUCACAUUUCUGUCCAAUGUGUGGCCAACAGUUCGAAGGGCCGCAACAGGCAACGGAACAUAUGCACUUGUGCCAUGGUGGUCUCAGUGUGGUUGCAGGUGUGGGCGGUGGCAGUAUAUUGUUGGCGCCGCAUCAUGUCUCUGCUAGUGUGGCCGAAUCUCUAAAGAUCGACUAUCCAUGUCACAGUUGUGAUGACAAGUUUGCAACGGAACAGGAUCUGGACGAUCAUCAUCGGCUGGUGCAUCAGGCUCCCUCCUUCUUGGCCCGUUGUCCUGCGUGUAGCUUUUAUGGUAUCUCGGCGGCAGCACUGCAAGGAGCCAACGAAUACAAGUGUAUUCACUGUGGAUCCGUGUGUACAGCCUCCGCCUUAGCAGCUAGUCAGCCCGGCUAUGAGCCGGCAACCCCCGAAAAUAUGCCAUCAAUGGCGCCGCAUGAUAUGAAAUUACCUGGCCAUGACUUGAUACAGCGUCAGUACGAGGAGCAAGUGUCCAUAUUGCAGCAGCAUCAACAAGAGCAGGAACACCUGCUGCAGCAGCACCAUCAGCAGCAGCAGCAAGAGCAAGAACACCAGCUACGACAACAGGAACACCAGCUGCGGCAACAAGAACAAGAAAACCAUCUACAGCAACAACACCAGCAACAGCAUCAGCAAUCCCACCAUAUGGAUGAGAAUAGCACACAAGAAAGCGUCCAAUUAAAAGUGCCGCCACUGACAGUAAAACUGAAUAAAAGUGUUAACGGUACUGCAACUGUGAUUCACCCGCAUGUGAUAAUCAAAGAGGAGCCCCUCAAUGGCGACUGCAUUGAAGGUUCACCCACCUCGGUGCCCGUCUAUACCAUCCAACAAACGCCAGGUGCUGCCACAAGUGUUGUGGUCAGUUCCUCUCAUGCCCCUUCAGCCGUCCUCAAUCAUCAAGCAAGCACCAUCACAACAACGGCAAUAGUUGGUGGUGUUGCCAAGGUGCGCCACAAGUGUCCCGAUUGCCCAAAGACAUUCAAAACGCCCGGUACAUUGGCUAUGCACCGUAAGGUGCAUACUGGAGAAGCAGACCUCACACCGAAAGAACGCCCAUAUACAUGCACAUAUUGCGGCAAAUCAUUCACACAAUCGAACACAUUAAAGCAGCACACGCGCAUACACACAGGUGAGAAACCCUUUAGAUGUGGCUAUUGUGGCAGGGCGUUCACAGUCAAGGACUACUUGAACAAACAUUUAACAACUCACACGGGUGAGAAACCUUUUCACUGCACCUAUUGCGAAAAGGCGUUUAGUGUCAAAGACUAUCUAACCAAGCAUAUACGCACACACACCGGGGAAAAGCCAUACACAUGCCCGUAUUGUGAGAAACGAUUUACACAGCGCAGUGCCCUAACGGUGCACACUACCAAGUUACAUCCACUCUAGGAAAGGCCCAAUGGCUGUGAGCGAAGGGGUGUCGGCGAUGGAGGUGGAGGUGGUAGUGGGAGUGGCAGUGGCAGCGGAUUAGCUAUAGAAAGUGUUAGAGUUGUUGGUGGAGGCGUUGACGGCGGCGGU